AUGAUUUAUGUAUAUAUUCAGGUUCACGUGAUAGAUUUAUUUUACAAAAUGAUACACGUUCAAAUAAACAAGAACGUAAAUUAGCUGGACAUAGACAAGAAGUAUGUGGUUUAAAAUGGUCACCUGAUAGACAAUUAUUAGCAAGUGGAGGAAAUGAUAAUCGUUUAUUAGUAUGGAAUCAAUCAUGUUCAAAUCCAAUUCAAGUUUAUACAGAUCAUACAGCAGCUGUUAAAGCUAUUGCAUGGAGUCCACAUCAACAAGGUCUUUUAGCUAGUGGAGGUGGUACAGCUGAUCGACAUAUUCGAUUUUGGAAUACAUUAACAGCACAAAAUUUACAAUCUAUUGAUACUGGAUCACAAGUAUGUAAUUUAGCUUGGUCAAAACAUUCAAAUGAACUUGUAUCAACACAUGGUUAUUCUCAACAUCAAAUUGUUGUUUGGAAAUAUCCAUCAAUGUUACAAUUAGCUCGUUUAACUGGACAUACAUUUCGUGUAUUAUAUUUAGCUGUAUCACCAGAUGGCGAAUCAAUAGUGACAGGAGCAGGGGAUGAAACACUUCGAUUUUGGAAUGUAUUUACGAAAUGUCGUGCAAAUAAAGAAUCCGACAGUGUACUUAAUUUAUUUAACAAAAUGCGAUAA